AGAUGAAACAUAAAGGUAAAUCUGUUUGGUACAAGACAAUGUGACAGCAUCAGGAGGGCCAACCCCAUUCUUCCUAACAUUUGUUCUGACAUGACAAGGUGGUUUUCAAAAGGAGUGGCAAAGGAGGAGAGUCACAUAAAGGCACGGCUAUAAUCUGAAUGGAGGAAGUGCAACAGUCUGCUUGAGGAACUGGAGCAACAGUUAUAUCAGAGCUAUUAGAUUAAGACUUUCUUUUUUCUAGUAUUAAUCUUGCUAUGUAGGUAUGAGACUGACUACAUGAGGAAUCUCCAGCCCCCUGACGAGGUCUACUGUAGAGUGUACUGAAGACACCUGGACUUAAGGAAUCCCUGUUUUAAUUUGUCACUCUGUCCUCCUCACUACCAAGACAUGGUGCUCUGGAUUCUCUUCCCUGUCUCCCUCUCCCUGGUGUCCUUCAUUGGAACAUGGAGCGUAUAUGGCCUGGCCUUCUCCAACAAUCAUGUGUGUUCUCUCAGUGACUGGGGAGGUCACAACUACUGCAGUGGGAAUCAGUCCAAUGGAUGUUGUUUUGCUCCCACUAUAAGCUCAAGCGGAUCAUUUGCGCCAGAAAAUUCCCUUUUUACAGCCACAAUCAACGCUGGAUCCUUUCUGUUUCUGCUGUUCUGUAUAUUCCACCAUGCCCAUAUUAUGGAGAGACACGCAUGUCAUUCCAUGUUGAGCAAGUUUGCACUGGUCUUUGGUGUGGUGGCGGCCAUGGGAGCAUUUGCGGCUGGGAACUGCAACCCAUAUUACCUGUCACUCCUUCACUACCUCGGAGCUGCCAUCAGUUUCACAUGCAUCUGCUUCUACACUGUCCUGCUCACCGCGCUGACCAAGAAGUGUGCCCUUACAGGAUUUGAGAAAGUUCUCUACCCCCUGCGUAUCAUCUCCUGUGUGGCGCAAACAAUAGUCACCAUCUGCUAUACUUGUUUGUUUGCCCAGGAGGAGUACUACUACCUUCACUUGUCUGCUGUAGUUGAAUGGAUGCUCAGUGUCAACCUGGAGCUGUUUGAGCUCAGCUACGCCGUGGAGUUUUGGUUCUUCUCGUCCUUCAUGAUUUCAAACCUGUUGAGGAAACGAGAAGAGGAAAAACCUUUGAUUAUGACGAUGUCCUGAUACGAGGCCGCCAGGGUCCAGCAUGUGAGCAUUGAGGAUGGACUGAGUAAGACAUCUGUAAACACUGUUGCUGGAUCAUGGCAGGAGAACCAAUAAUUUAUUUUUCAUCACUCCGCUGGGCUGUAUUUCAAUCCACCUAUGGAUUAUGACCACUUUUAUUCCAAACUCUUGAUACAGUUGCCUAAAAGCAAAUCAUUUUCUCUACUGUUCCUUCGGUAACACAUUCCCUAUCUAUUGAAAGCUUGUACAGCAAAUGAACAAAACACAUCAGUCGUAUUAUACUUUUUGGCAAGCACAGCCAACAGAACAAAUAAACUGAAGUCUAACACUCUAAUAUACCUUAUUUAUGUUAAUUUGUUUUUUUGUACAAAUACCUUUUAUCGCUAUUAACAUAAUCAACAAUGAACCUCAGAAUCACUAUGGCAUUCUUUCACAGAUCUAAGGAUUUGCAUAUUAGCUUUGGCACUCUAAUAAAAUCAUGGCCACUGUAUACACAGAUUUGGCUCCUAUCAGAUCGGAGUUUCUGUAAGAUCACAAAAUCCUGUUUGACUGGAUGAUAACGUGACAUUAAGAGACAUUUGUUUUGACAGCUCAUUUGUGGGAUUAAGAACACGGACGUUAACACAAAAAGUUACAGAUCCAGAAAUGCAACGUUGGCUGCGUACAGCACUGUGGGUGUUGUCUGUGUACUUUACAGUAUAACCGAGUUUCUAGGCGUGGUCUGUUUAAUGUAACUAUAACUGUAAUGUGACUGUGUGUUUCAGAUUUCAGAUUAUUUACCUUUUUAAAACAACUUGAACCUGGCCCUGAACACAUAUUCUCGCUCCUGUGUCACAGGGCCCUACACAAAUGCAAUGUUUUGUAGCAAAAUUAGAACAGGUUUACGCAAGAUUAUGAUCUUGUCCUUGUUUUUUCUUGUUUUACGUGAACAGUGUAGUUGAAACAGGAACUUCCAGAUUCUGUUCCACACCUCAAUCAAUUUGUAACAUCAAUUCAUAUUCAAUAUUUGUCUUUUUUUACCUUUAGGGAACACUGUUUCCCACAAACUUCAGAUGUUCACAGGUUAAACGUGUCCGGGACAAAGAGGACAGCUGUACACAGAGUUUAGUUUUAUGAAUGUGGAUGAAACUGAGUUAUGGUGACACAAGUACCUGUGCUGCCACGCUUGUAAUCAUGGGAGAUGUAGUGUUUUCUCUGCUCACAAAGUAAUUGUGUCUUUAAAAUCACAAAGCUUUCAGUUUAUUGUUGCAAGCACUGCUAAUCUGUCUUUGAGAGCACGUAAACCCCAUGGACCUGUUUCAGACACAGGUGAAAGAAAUGACUGAUACUAACCUGUACAUGACGUCAUGAGUUCAGCUCUGUAUCAGGAUUAGCAAUAUUUCAAUCAUCAGAGUCCUGAAGAAGCCGAUUGGGCGGCUCGUUUCAAAACAUUAACUUUUGCUGUUAUUUAGUUUUGAAUAUUUAUCAUUAUAGAGAAAUCCUGACAAUUUGAAACCAGGUUUUGAGAGACUUUGAAGCAGAUAUUGAUGGUAAAAACACUGUGAAAGGGGUUAUCUGUAUUAUUAACCUACAAAGAAUUAUCACCUGAAUCUCCAGCUCUCCUUGACUUUGCUUGAUGAUGAGUUUUUAUUGUUGAGCUGUUUAACUUUAUGAUUUUGGCUCUCACAGGAUCAUUGAGCUCAAUAUAAAAAUGGCGGAGACCAAAAAAGAGCUAAAGUAAAUAUUAAUACGACUAAGUGAAUGAUGUUGCUCCAUCACUGCUGGAUGUGUAAAUAAACUGUUUGCUAAGAUCGCCAUUAAAAAAAUUAAGUUAUUGCAGACUUGAGUCCUAUUCUUCCACAAGUUGCUUCACUUCAGACACUGUGAAAUCAUAAACUUUCACGAAACAAGAAAACAUGGUUCUGGUUUUAAUGCAAAGCACUUAACCUUUACUUGAAAGAAGGUAAUAUACAUCCUGGAAUUACAGAUAAUAAAGAUACAUUAUGAGCAAAAUCAUUUCACAAUGAAUAUCAUCUUUUCCUUUGCAUCAACCAAGAGAGGAGUGUGACAUUAUCUACAGUUUUUGUUAGGAAAAAGACAGUGAAAAGCACACCUAAUUCUGUCAGCAUUUUUACUGUAUGGUACACUGUAAAAAAUGUCAUCUAUAUGCAGUAGUCCACAUCGUUAACCUUAAUAACAAAAAAGAGAAAA